CGAGUCCGGGUCGGAGCAAAAGUCGUUAAUAACCCGAUAAAUACGCUUUCUCUCUCGUUUUCUCGCAGACGCUUUUCUAAUUUCUCUUCUGCUUCUUCUUCUUCUUCUUCCUCUCGAUUUGAGAGAAAACAAAAAAGAACCUACAGGUUAACGAAAAGAAAAGAAAAUAAACAAUGGCGGAUCAGCUCACCGACGAUCAGAUCUCUGAGUUCAAGGAAGCCUUCAGCUUAUUCGACAAGGAUGGUGACGGUUGCAUUACCACCAAGGAGCUGGGAACUGUGAUGCGUUCUCUUGGACAGAACCCAACAGAAGCAGAGCUCCAAGACAUGAUCAAUGAAGUGGACGCUGAUGGUAACGGCACCAUCGAUUUCCCUGAGUUCUUGAACCUCAUGGCUCGUAAGAUGAAGGACACCGACUCCGAGGAAGAGCUCAAGGAAGCAUUCCGGGUUUUCGACAAGGACCAGAACGGUUUCAUCUCAGCCGCUGAGCUCCGCCAUGUGAUGACAAAUCUCGGCGAGAAACUCACAGACGAAGAAGUCGAUGAGAUGAUCAAGGAAGCUGAUGUUGAUGGUGAUGGCCAGAUCAACUAUGAGGAGUUUGUCAAGGUCAUGAUGGCUAAGUGAUGCCGUUUUGGACCCUAAAAAGGACAAAGUCCCGAACUUGGUUUGCGUCUGUCUCCUUUACUAAUACGCUCUUAUGUAAUUCUUAUGACUACUAUGUUCUAAAAAAUUUAUUCAUGGGACUCGGGUCUGUUUUCUGGCUGUUUAAGACGCGAAUGUUAUCCCCUUUUUAUGCUCUAUUUUGCGUCUGAACAUUUCUAGACUUGCUUUUUUUUUUUUUGUGUUUUCUUGCUCUUCUAAGUUGUAACUUUGUCUAGUCUCGUGGUUUCUUAUUGAUGGUCUCUAGUAAAGCAUUGUAUCAUGGUUAAGUUAUAUGCAAAAUUAGAUCCUGUUAA